AGAUAUCCAGUGAUACCACUCAAGUGACUCAGUAAACGCAGUCGAGCGGCGCAGCUGUCAGAGAGCAGCAGUCACAGACUGUUAACCUCAAGAUCUGGAAGUGUUUGAUCUUUAACCUUUACACCAAAGUGAGCUCAAGCACUGCAUCUGGCCCCGGCCAAGACACCUGCCUUGAAAAUGACCCUGCAGUCCUUAACGCCAGUGAACUGUGCAAGUCUCCUGCAGCCCGGCUGCUCUCUGCUGCAGCUGGAUGGACAAGUUCUCCUGUUUGGCCAAAAAGGCUGGCCCAAGCGCUCCUGUCCGACGGGAGUAUUUGGGAUUCACUUUAAACAGAGCAAUAUGAGGUUAAGAGCCAUCUCCUUCUCCAAUGAUUCUAGUUACAUUCCUCCUUUACGUUGUCCAGCUGUUUGCCGCCUUGACCCCUAUGACGGCCUUCCAGAGAGCUAUCUCAUCCACGGUGGCCGUACCCCCAACAAUGAGAUCUCAUCAAGCUUGUACCUGCUGACCACGGACAGUCGUGGCUGUAAUCGUAAACUGACCAUAUGCUGCAAAGAGAAGGAACUGGUGGGAACAGUGCCAGCAGCGCGGUACGGCCACACAGUGAGCAUGGUUCAAAGCCACGGGAAGACGGCCUGUGUGUUAUUCGGCGGAAGAUCCUACAGACCUGCAGGGGAGCGGACCACAGAGAGCUGGAACAGCGUCGUCGACUGUCCCCCGCAGGUGUUCCUGUUUGACCUGGAGUUCGGUUGCUCCACUGCUCACACUCUGCCCGAACUCAGCGAAGGCCAAUCCUUUCACGUAGCCCUCACUAGAGAGGACUGUGUCUACUUCAUUGGCGGUCACUCGCUGACUUCUGACUCCCGUCCUCCACGGCUCUUCCGCCUGCGCGUGGAGCUCCUGCAGGGCAGCCCUUUGCUCUCCUGUGAGUCUCUUGACAUUGGCAUAUCCAUCUCGAGUGCCAUCAUCACCCGCGUAGGUCCCACUCACAAAUAUAUCAUCUUGGGUGGAUAUCAGUCUGAUUCCGAAAAGAGGAUGAAGUGCACCACUGUUGUUCUGGAUGAGAAAGGAAUUCAAUUUGAGACAUUAGACGCACCUAAGUGGACUCCAGACAUCACCCAUAGUCGCACUUGGUUUGGAGGCUGUGCUGGUGAGGGAAAAGUCCUACUCGCCGUACCCACUGAGGGGAGGCAAACUCAAACAGAUAUGCAUUAUUUCUACCUGGUGAGCUUUCCAACAGAGGGAGACCGGAAAGAAGAGGAAGGAACACAGGGCUGCAGCCAGGAGUCCACAGAUUACGAUGACUCUCCCCCUCUUGAAGACUCAGAGGAGCUCUACUUUGGUCGAGAGCCACAUGAGCUUGAUGACAGCAGUGAAGGGGAUAAUUACAAUGAAGAGGAUGAAGAGGAUGAGUCACAAACAGGUUACUGGAUGAAAUGUUGCCUGGGCUGUCAGGUGGAGCCCAACACGUGGGAGCCAUACUACUCCACUGAGCUCUACCGGCCAGCCAUGAUCUUCUGCUCCAGAGGGGAGGGGGGACACUGGGUCCACGCCCAGUGCAUGGAGUUGACCGAGACCCUGCUGGUCAGUCUCUCUCAGGGCAGGAAGAAGUAUUUCUGCCUCGACCACGGAGGCCUCCCCUACCAGGAGACGACCCCGACUAAACAGGUCACGCCACUCAAGCGCACCCCCAUCAAAGUCAAGAACAGGAAAACUCCUCCAGUGAUCAAGAUUUCACCUGCCAAAAAAAGCUUUUUCAGGAGACUUUUUGAGUGAAUCUACUGUAAUCUAUGAUACAAUUGCUGUGUAUAUUUAGGGAGUUUCUUUUAUCUUUAUUAAGUGAGUAUGUUUUAAGCUAAGAAUGAAUAAACAAUUAAAAUAUCUAAUAUGAGGCUUGUGAAAAUAUGCUAUAACAUGUGCAAACUGAUAUUUCAUGUAUAACCGCUAUAUAUUGUAAUUUUUACAUUGUUUACAUUUUUAUGAUCCGGGUUUCAUCGACUGUUUUAUUUGCCAAUCCACAGCAUUGGGGACUGCAGGUUUAAGGUCAUGAAAAAAACGUUUUGUUUUUGUUUCUUUGUACAAUUCU